UCAUCUAGAACUGGUACUUGCUUAUCAUUAGUGAGUAUACGUACUAACAAUGUCUAUAGCACUAAAUAUUGAGGGCCCUUCACUUAGUCCUUCACAUAGUCAUCCUUCGCAUAGUACAAGCUGCUGUACUGAUCAUGCGUGGCUGCAGUCCUUGAUGACCGAAAGUAGGGCCGGAAAUUCCAACCAAGUGAAUGAGCUAGAGGUUCCAAGGGUUCCAUCACAGUUUCGCAAAAUGAAAGAGAACACGGAUUGCUAUGAGCCACUGGUUGUCUCCAUCGGUCCCUAUCACCAUGGGAAAAAAGAACUCAAGGAAAUGGAGAAGCUCAAGGCUGAAAUGGCCGGCCAGUUUGUCAAAGAUAGUAGAGUGACUGCUGAAGAAAUGUACAGCAAGGUCAAAGAAUUGGUCAGCGAUGCAAGGAAAUGCUAUGCAGAGGAGUCAACAUGUCAGUUCAACGAUGAGAAAUUCGCCCAGAUGAUGUUUCUUGAUGGCUAUUUCAUUCUCCAGGUUGUCUCCGACAAGCUUGAGAAACAGAACCUGAGGAAGGAAGAAUUUGCUUCGGUUAGAAGGGACUUGUUCUUACUAGAGAACCAACUCCCCUUUCGAGUUCUUAUCCCAUUGAUGAGGAUAUAUAAAAGCAAAGCGGAUCACAUUGCUUGGAAGGAUAAGCCUUCAUCCCGACAAAAGCUGAGUUCGGAAAGUGAAGAUCAAGAUUUGAUGAAAAUGUUUGUACAUUUCUUCGAAGACAUUCAUGCAAUACCUCCUCAAACAGAGUCGUGCUGGGAAAUGAUAUCCAAUUUUCUUUCAGAAUUGCCAAGAAAAUUAAUAUCAAGAUCCACGGGUACUGUCAAUAGUUUAGAUUUCUGCUAUCAUCUUCUCGAUUUUUUUUGUUGGAAGUUCGUAUACGUCGGCGAAGAAUUAGAACGUGAACGAGGGGGAAGAAGGUACGGGGAGAUCACAAGCUGGAACCGGUAUUAUUCUGUCAACGAGCUUAAGAACGUUGGAAUUUCUUUUAUGCCAAGCAACACCCGUGUUUUCACCGAUGUCAAGUUCAAAAAUACAUUGCUCGGUGGAGCACUCUGCAUUCCUCCACUAAGCAUAGAGGAAGAAACCAAGUCCUUGCUUCUGAACUUGGCAGCCUAUGAAACAUGCGCUGGUUGGUAUUAUGGUAGGUGCACUUCGUAUGUAUGCCUUAUGGGUUCUCUGAUUGAUAAACCUGAAGAUGUGAAGGAGCUGCGAUCAAAGGGAAUACUCCGCACCACUAUAGGAAGUGACGAUCGGAUAGCACAAAUCUUCAAAGAGAUAACAACCAAUCUUGUGCCCAACCCUACUGCUUACAAUGAGGUCAAACGCUCUGUUGAAUCGCAUUAUAGAAGCAGUGUGAAGAGAUGGAUCCUUGAAAAUAAGGGUCCUUUUUCUAGAGCAGUGGUCAAGUACUCUUUUAUUUAUGGCAUUGCAGUAAGUGCCUUACAAGCUUACUUAGCAGAAACAAAAGAGAAACCAGGUUUCGGCAACUGCAGCUGCUCAAACGCCACCCUAUAAUUAACACCCUUAAAACUUGAUCAUAUAUACACAUAAGAGCUGUUUUUUUUUCUUCGUCCUUUUUUUUCCCCCAUUAACAGUGUGGAUUGGUUUGCCAUAUAUAUGUAAUGUUGUACUGUUUGGAUUGUUAUUUCUUUCAAGAAGUCGUGUGAUUCAAAUUGAUAAUUAAUAAGCAAUAUCAUUUUCAGAUACAAAUUUAUUAAUGCA